CGACGCCUACACUCUCGCCUCCUCGAGCUGACGAGGGCGGUUAAAGCUGGCAAACACUCCAUGAGGAUGUGGUCGCGGCAGGUCGACGCGUAGGCUGCUCUGUAAGCUUUGCGGUUUUCAUUUACCCAUGGCAGCGACAGAGGGUAUAGUAUAUACAUCCGCGCUGCGAAGCAGGAGUAUAAAGGAUGUGAAGGGACAGGAGCGAUAUUGUCUUCCAUCUGCUUUCACCCACUUCGUCUUCGCCUCCACCUCCUGCACAUAUCCUCGUCAUGGCCAAGCAGAUCAUCACUGUUCUGGGCGCUACUGGCAAGCAGGGCGGCUCUGUCAUCAAUAGCAUCCUCGCAGACUCUGCCGCGUCAUCCAAGUUCGCUCUGCGUGCGGUGACGCGCGAUGUGAAUAAGGAUAGUGCUAAGGCGCUCGCAGCGCAGGGCGCUGAGGUUGUCGCUGCUGAUAUGGACGACAAGGAAUCUCUGCGCAAAGCCAUCAAGGGCGCGCACGGCGUCUUUGCGGUCACCAACUUCUGGGACAGCAUGAGCGCCGACAAGGAGAUUGCCCAGGGUAAGAACAUCGCCGACAUCUGCAAGGAAGAGAACGUCCAGCACCUAGUCUGGAGCAGUCUGCUCAAUGUCACCAAGCUCACCAAGGGCGUCCUGUCCGAAGUUCACCACUUCGAUAGCAAGGCCAAGGUCGAGGACUACAUCCGCGAGCUCGGUAUCCCCGCCACCUUUUUCCUGCCCGGCUUCUACAUGGCGAACAUCCCCGGCAUGAGCCUGCGCCCCUCGCCCGAGGGCAAGUGGACGCUCGGCAUGCCGAUGCCCGAGGACGCCCCGAUCCCCCUCUUCGCCGCCGAGCGCGACACCGGCAAGUUCGUCAAGGCGAUCUUCAUGAAGCGCGAGCAGACGCUCGGCAAGCGCGUUUAUGCGUCCUCUGGCUACACCACCCCGCUGCAGAUCCUCGAGGCGUUCAAGAAGGUGUACCCGACAUCGGGCAAGGACGCGACGUUCCAGCGGGUGCCGAAUGAGGCGUUCAAGGGGAUGCUGGGUCAAAUGGGGAUGCCGCCGGCCAUUCAGGAGGAGACGCUGCAGAACAUGCGCCUCGUGUAUGAGUUCGGCUACUAUGGAGGCGAGAAGCUCGACUGGAGCCAGUCGAUCGUCGACGAGCCGCUCACGACGUUCGAGGAGUACAUCAAGGGUAACCCUGCCCUUUCUGGAGCGCAGUGAGCGGGUCCUAUGUAGGAUACUGUAUGAUUUGAUUAAAUAGUAAGGCUUUAAGUUGUGAACGUUAAACCGCGCAUAUAGGAGUAGCAUCACUUGCAAGAUUGUUCGUUUGUCC